ACGCCCCCCGGAAGCAUAGCAGGGCAUCCACACACGGAAACGAAACGCUGUUAAAUUAAUUUAAACGCUGUUAUUAGCUUUAUUUUUUAGUUUUAACCGGGUCUGUGUGCAGAAAUCGCCUAAAUCUCUCAUACUCGUACUCUUAAUAGAUUUCCCUUCACGUAGCUAGCCUGACCUAGCCACCAGAUCAGCUACUAAGCUAGCACUGUUAGUUCAGCUCAGGUGUUCAGUUAGCAAAGCUAGCUAGGAGACUAAUGCUAACUGGUAAAAUGAAAUAAAUCUUUCCGAGAAAGUUACUCGCAAAUCUUCCCCGCGCCUCAAUAACGUGAAGAUAGACCAUGGAUGAGGCUUUAGUGAAGGUUGCGUUUGUCAGCAACCUCAAUGGCACGACUGUGGCCGAAGUGUCGCUGGGAUCCUUCCUCGCCCCGCUCUGUAUUCUAAGCAGAGGACUGUUCCUGAUAGUGUUCCACCUCUGCCGGGGUGUUCUCCCAUUCGCCAAGGGGGCCCACCUCGUCCUGGACUUCACCGCACUGAUCAUGCCCAUGGUCCUCUCGUGUACUGUUCUCAGCGACAUCCUCCAUUGGGUCAUUGUCGGUCUGGCUGUGGCUGACCUUUUUGUUCUGUACUUUCUGUAUAGGAACAAAAAGGCUCACACUGGUGGAUCCUUUGGUGGUUCACUCCACAGCUUUAUGAACAUCCAUAUGGAGACCAAUCUGGUCCCCUUUGUGACUGCUUUCCGGGUGCUGGUGAAUGUGAAGACGGCCAUCAGCAUCUUGGCGGUGGACUUCAGCGUCUUCCCCAGGCGUUAUGCCAAGACUGAGACCUACGGGACUGGGGUCAUGGACUUUGGUGUUGGAGCCUAUGUGAUGGCCAAUGCUCUGGUUUGUCCAGAAGCAAGAGGGAAGAAGAUUCAGGGCUCUAAGUUCAAGUAUGUGGUUAAGCAGCUUCUCUCAGUGUGGCCCCUGGUGCUCCUCGGAUUGGUGCGUCUAGCAAGUGUGAAGUCAACGGGCUAUCACGAGCAUGUGACGGAGUACGGGGUCCACUGGAACUUCUUCUUCACUCUAGCCAUAGUAAGAGUGGUGGCGUCUGCUCUUCUCAGUGUAUUUCCCAUCAGCAGCUCCUGGCUCAUAGCUUUGUUAAUAAGUGGAGUCUACCAGUUCUUGCUGGAAACCACUGAUUUGAAAUCCUUCAUCAUACAUAGCAGCGAGCGCACUACUUUUCUACAAGCCAACAGAGAGGGGAUAUUCUCAGUGGUGGGCUACGUUGCCAUCUACAUGGCCGGAGUUCAAGUAGGCCUCUAUCUGAUGCGGACAAGAACCUUGGUCAAAGACUGGAUACUGGUGGUCAGAAACCUUCUGUUAGGAAGCUUUGGACUAUGGCUGGUUUUAUAUGCAUGCCAGACAUACACUGAGCCAGUUUCACGUCGUAUGGCCAAUCUCUCAUUCUGCAUCUGGACCGUGGCUCAGUCCUUGUUUUUCCUCGCUUGCUUAAGCACAGCAGAUGUCGUUUUGCUUUUUGCCAAAACAAUGUCCAAAUUCUCUCUAGUGUCGACCUCCUGGAAUCCAGCCGGAAGUUCACAAACAGAAGGGAAAUUAAGGAAGAAAAUGGACGAGUUGUGUUUAAUUCAGUCUGUGAACAGAAAUCAGCUGUUGUUUUUCCUGCUGGCAAAUCUAAUGACUGGUUUAACCAACGUACUCGUGGACACUCUGAAAAGUAACGACUUCUUUUCCGUGUGUGUUUUGCAGUCGUACAUGUUAAUGAACAGUUUAUGUAUUUUUAUUUUACAUAUCAACAACAUUACAAUUAAGUUUUGGUGAUGAUUAUACAUUUUUAUUUAUUUUAUUUUGGAUUGAUGGGUUCUGUUUACAAGACUUCAUGUCAUCACUGUCAAUUAAAAAUCACUGUGUCUCCAUUUUUGCUGUUUUUUUACAUUUUAACAUAAUGUGAAUUUGACAGGUGUCAUUCACAUUGUUUGAAAACAACAUGAUGAAUGGUCUUAUAGAAAUGCUCUGAAAUGUCUUGGAAUAAGAUAUUUUUACAUUGACUUCCAAGAAGUUUUUUCAUUGACCAUUUUGGAGAUACAAAUUUUGGGUGACAACAGUAUUCAUUGUUGAAUAAUUAUUAUCAAGCUGCUGCGCAUUGAUUAAGCUUGUGGUGCAUCAAUUUUAGGUGAAUUUAUAAAGCUUACUGCAUGUGUGGCUGUUUUUAUACCUGUAUAAGAAAAGUUGGUGUUGGGAUGUGAAAAAGUGACUUAUGCAAACAUGAAUAAAAUGCUAAACUCCCUUAUUAUCACCUUCCUGCUGAGAGCCUGUUUGAUAUGGAUAUACAAAUUCCUAAUUCUAAAAGAAAGCUGAGGCAGUGUGUAAAAUGUAAAUUAUUGUAAAUAAAAACAGAGUGCAACAAA